GGAUUUGUUUUGACAGUACGCAUUCACAUUAACAAGGUGACAGUGCAUUUUGUUAUUUCGUUUAAAUAAGGUCUUUGUUUUCCAAAUCCAUUGUUCUUGUGCCAAACAAUUUUUGGCAUUACUCUACGAAGAAGAAAAUUCAAGAAUUCAACAAUAAUUAUUGUGGUGAAAGACGAGAAAAAAUGGCUUCGUUGUAUUUGGGAAUUCGUUUGCCCGAGAAACCAUUUGAACGGCUUAAAUUGACCAAUAUCGAUUUGAUAACAAAAAAUGUCGCUGAUCUGAAGAUUGAAGCAGAAAAGCUGCUAAAUUUUCCACACAAAGAAUUGGAAUUCAUCUACUGUGGAACUGUUUUGGAGAAUGAGGCGCAAUCGUUGCAGGAGUAUGGCGUACGUUCGGGCACAAUGAUUCAAGUAUUCCAAAAACAGUACGAUAUGGAGUACAAAAGUGAACAAGCGACCAGCGAACAAAUUCAUAAGACUGUUUCGAGCUAUCGUGCUGUUUUCAAAGAGAUGGCCAGCUCAUCGACGAAAACCAUUCGACCGGAAAUCAUGAAGCAAGUGCUUGAAGCAUACCCCGAAUUUCACACAAAUAUGGGUGCAUACGCAAUUCUUCGUGAUUCGAUUCUCAUUCAAUCGAUGACCGAUUAUGAGACGGUAAAAAAUAUAGCCAAACAAUAUCCGAUAUUGAUUCAUUCGGCUGAUUUUGUGACGAAAAGCCUUCGUGAGCAUUUGGCAGCCAAUAAACCGAAUUUAAUUCAGAAUAUUCAACCAGCCGAAGAUUCAUUGUCAGAUUCAUCAAGUUCGGAAAGUGAUUCACCGACCGUGUCGCCCAAUCAACGUACCGGUGACAUUCGUCAAAUUAGCCGUGAGCAUUUGGCACAGGCGCUACUUAUGGCUGGUACAUCGUCGACAAACUCCUUGUCGAAUAUUGCGCAACGCAAUCAGGCACAAACACAAUCCUCCUCCUCACAACCAUCUACCUCAUCGGCAUCAUCUGCAUCGACCAUUGGUGCACCACAAUCAUCCGGCAGCUUGAUCAGCAAUUCAAUGUUCUCAAAUGCAUUAUCGCAAGCAUUGAGUGCAGCGGGAGCUGGAGCUGGUACAGGCGCAUCGACUCAAUCAACAUCCGCACAAUCAAAUCCAAACCAGUCGGCUAGUGCUCUGAAUUUGCCCGGCGCAAAUGAUAAUCUCGCCGAACGGUAUGCCAACGAACUGCAAACUAUGCGCGAAAUGGGUCUCUUCGAAGAACUCAUCAAUAUUCAAGCGUUGGUCGUUUCAAAUGGUGACGUCGAAGCAGCCAUCAAUCUCGUUCUUUCCGGAUUGGGUAGCUUCAAUUAAAUGACACACCACAAAUGUUAACUCGAGUAGACCGUAUUAGGUUAAAUCAGAAAAAGUUAUCUGUAAGGAAGUUCAAACUCAUUCAAAUUUAAUGCAAGUUUCAUUCAAUUGUGUAAUGAUAAUAAUGAUCCCAAAUAAAGGAAACAAUGUUUCGACUUAUCAAUCAAUCAUCGAAUUAAAAAAAAAA